AUGUUCCGCGCGCCGAGUGACCAGGACGCCCCUUGGGACGCCGGAACACAGAAGCCUGGCACGCAGGCCGGCACGCCGGGGGGUGCGCCUCCGGCUCCCGCUCCGUCGGCGCUGUACGUGCGCCCGCCAGGGCCAGCAAGCACCCUGGCGGCCCCCGCGAUCCCCGGCGCCCUCUCGAUGAUCCGCCCGCCCCCCGCAGCGGGGGGCAUGGCCAUGGACGCGUCGGCCGGCGCGCCUGGCAUGACCACCAUCGCGCCCUCGCCACUCGUCGAUGGCGGCGCGCCGCCUGCGGCGUCCGCGGUCGGGCAGCCCGUGACGCCCCAAAAUACCCGGCUGACCCGGCUCUCGCGCACAGAGGCGGAUGAGUGGGCCGAUCUGCCUGCGGCGGACGUCGACGCGCUGCGCACGCUGAUGGAGAAGGACGCGCACGCCGCGCAGCGGCGCGCGACGCAGGAGCAGGCCAUGCAGACGGAGCUGCACACGCGCAUGGCGCUCGCGAUGCGCGCGGACCGGCCGCUCGCGUGGUGGGAAAAGUCGGCGCUCGCAGACGCGCCCCACGCACGCACCGAGCCGCUGCAGCUUGUGUACCCCGCGCAGCGCGCCAAGCGCGGCGAGGCCGUGGCGCGCAGUGCACGCGCGGCAGGCGCCGCGCGCAUUGCGGCCGUGCCAGCGACGCUCGUGCCGAUCCGCCUCGACCUGGAGCACGAGCCGUUCAAGUUCCGCGACACGUUCGUGUGGAAUGCCGCCGACGACGACGCGACGCUCGAGGCAUUUGCGCACGCCCUGUGCGACGACGUCGGACUGCCGCCGCAGGUGUUUGUGGAGCUCAUCAAGGGCGCCGUCCAGCUCCAGGUGAGCGAGUAUGCCACGUCGCUGUCCCUCCAGGUCGUGGCGCCGGAGAGCGACGCGCAGCGCGUCGGCCGCGGCCGCCUCGAUGCCAGCGCGGAGCGCGCCUGGGCGCAGUGGCGGUCGACCGUGCUGCAUGAGGCGGCCGCGGCCGCGGCGCCGGCGCCCGCCCCACCCGCCGAGGCCCCCGCGAACGAGACGCCCGCCGCGGAGGCGCCGCAGGACGAGCUGCGCAUCCUUAUCAAGCUAGACAUCCUCGUGGGCGGCGUCCACCUGCUCGACCAGUUUGAGUGGGACCUCGCCGCGGACGACCAGGCCGCGGAGCGCUUUGCCGCGGCGUUCACGAGCGACCUGGGCCUGGCGGGCGAGUUCACGACGGCAGUCGCGCACGCGAUCCGCGAGCAGGUGAGCGGGCACUGGCGCUGGCUCUCGCUGCUGGGCUACCCGUACAACCAGCUCGCGAGCAUGGACCGCGACGUGCGCGACACAUUCCUGCCGGCCGUCGCGCCGCAUGCGCUCGCGCGCGCGCGCGAGACGGUCGACGCCUAUACGCCGAAGCUCGUGCAGCUGAGCGCCGCCGAGGUGUUCCAGAUGGAGCGCGAGCACGAGCGCGACCUGCGGCGCAAGCGCCGCCAGACCAAGGGCCGGCGCGGCGCGGCCGUCGAGGCGUUUGAGCCGCAGCGGACGCUGCGCUCGGUCCCGCUGUGGGGCUUCCAAGGCGCGACGCCCGAGGUCGAGCGCCCCGCGCAGGCGCGGCGCGCGGCGGCCGCGGCGGCUGCGAGUCUGGCGGGGCUGCGUGACGCCACGCCGCCGUCGGAGGCCGACGGCGGCGUGGCGAAGCGCCCGAAGACCGAGUGGUACGAUAUGCACUUUCGGUACCCGGGCGGACUCGGCGGCGGCCGCCGUGCGGCGCCGCUGUUCUCGCCGGGGGGCGCGUGGCCGCUCGCGCACGCGCCGCGCGAGCCAUCGGGCGUGCAUGGCGCGGCCGUGGCGACGGCGGCGCUCUCGGUGCCAUCAGCGGGCGACGCGGCGGCGGCGACGGCCAGUAUCGAGGCGGCGCGCAUGGCGCCGCGCGAGCCCGCAGGGCCGAUGCGCGGCGUCCGGCCCGAGGACUUGGAGCGGCAGCAGCCGACGAUGCACGACGGUGUGUGGCACUGUGCCAACUGUGGUGUGCCGGGCGUGCUGACGGCGGCGCGGCGCAAGGGGCCGGCGGGCGAAAAGACGCUCUGUGGUCCCUGCGGUAAGUACUUCCAUCGGCACCGGCGCGUGCCUGGCGUGGCCUACACGCGCGAUGCGGCCGUGCACCAAAAGCGACUCGGUCUGCCGGCGGCGCCGGCGGCGCCGGCGGAUGCGGCUGACGGCGAGGCCCUGCCCGCGGACGAGCCGGGCGUGUCGUUCGCGAGUGACAGCGACGACGACGGCGUGGCGGCGCCGGCGUGGCUGCUGCGGGCCGUGGAGGCAUGCCGCGCCAAGUAUACCCACGACCGGUUCGAGGUGCUGCCGCGUGCGCACCCCGAGGCGCUGGGCGACAGUGACCGCUGGCGCAUCCGGUGCUUUGACUGCCCUGGCAAGGUGUACAAGCCGGGGCCGGGCGAGUCACUGGCCAACUUUGAGAUCCAUCUGAAGAACCGGGGCCACCGCGCCGCGGUAGCCCAGCGGCUGCCGGGGGGGGCGGGGCCCCUGGCGGAGAGAUAG